AUGUCGUCUGAAGAUGUAGAAAGAUGGAUACGAAAGAAUUGCCAAUGGUCGGAUCUGCCCGAGGAAAUCCAGUUGAUUUUGGGUAACUCUCAAAGGGAAUAUGAAAAGAGAAUUCUUGAUUAUUCCAUCAGGAACCAACUGAAGCAUAACGGAAAUGUUGGUGAGUUUACAGUCGAGUAUAGCAAUUUGUAUGCUGUGCUUUAUUGUUUUAUUAAUUAUAUUAUCCUUGGAAUUUAGUGCGAACUGUGAAAAAAAAUCCCGAGGAAUAUUAUGAAUUACUUCUCAAGGAAAGUCGGCAGAAGCUCAUGUUAUUUCCUUAUCAUCUAAGCGAAUAUAUUGUGUUUGGUCUUCGAAUUACUCCAUUUCAAUAUUAUUUGGAGAUGAUCCAGGUAAUGUAGUUCUUCUUUUUUUAUAAUUUCUCUUUAGGAUAUCAUGAAAGCCGAGAAAAGUUACGACUCAUUGCCAAACUUCACAGCUGCUGACGUGAUCAGAUUAUUGGGGAUAGGAAGAAAUCAAUAUAUUGAUAUGAUGAAUCAAACCCGAUCCUUCAAGAAGCUGUUUAGGAGAGGUAAAGGAGUCAAUGAAGUGCUUCCCCAAAAGCCUAACGAUAUUAUAAUUGAAGCUUUUUGGAUGGUUCGCCUGGGCUACGUGCUUGAAGGUGAUAUAAAGGUGAGGAUGAUUGAUGUCGAUUAAUGUUUUAGAGUCUGGAUAUUCAUGAGAAGGAGAUAAUCGAUAAAUUGGUGGAUGGUCUCCCUUUGAUUGCAGGUCUCUUGAAUAAAACAUCAAUUCUGAGCCUAUUCAAUCGAGGGUUGGUCUACUUUGAUGUCCCGGUGAAUGACGAUGAUUAUGUUUAUGGUUAGUUUAUUUGUCACAUGUUUGUUUAGACAUAUUUUUUGCGGAGUCUUAUCCACUUUUUAUUGCAGUACCCACCCUGGAUGGGUUUGUCAUGAAUCGAGUGCAGGGCGACUACUUUGAGAAGCUUCUUUACAAAGUUUUUGUUACGAUUGAUGGCCAGAUGAGUGUUAAAGAGGUAAUAUUAUUAUUUUUUAUUUUUAUCUUUUAAAUUUAGUUGGCGGAUAUCAUUCGAGUCGAUAUCGAUCUUGUCAAAACUGCUGUUUCUGCUUUUUUACGCCUCGGAUUUGCCAAAAAACGGACAACGGGUCUAGAACAGACUACUUUGCACUCGUCCUGGAGACUGGAUGACUCUAAAGAUACUUCGGUUGUCUUCUCUAAGAGUAUGAUGGAAUUGACUAAUUCCACUCUUGCUGAUGAAGAAGAUGAUCUUGAUAUAUCAGAAGAAGAUAAUCGAAAGUUAUCAGCCGCUUCCGUGACCCCAUCACCUUCCGUUCAAAGUGUUCCUUUAAGUGAAUUGAGUGUCCCGGGCUCCAAACGCCUUGCUUUUCUCUUUGAUUCUUCAUUAACUGCAUUUUUAAUGAUGGGAAAUCUCUCAGCUGUAAGUUUUAUCAUAGGCUGUGUAGAAAAAAUGCAGCUCAUUUAUAGCUCUAGUCAGUACUCGUGAAAAAAAGUUGCAUUUUUUCUGGUCAUCUUGUGUUAUGAUUUUAGAAGUUAAAAAAUCAUGCAGUUACAUUGUUUGAAGUGGGGAAGUUGUCCGAUGAAACUGUUGACAAUUUUAUCGACGAAUUAUCCAAUAUAAAUUUCUUUGCCGAAGGAGAAGCCCAGCGAUAUUCGGAACACGCGAGGACUUUACUCAAAACAAUAAAGGCCUUUAGAGCUAAAGGAGAAUUGGAUUUGAUUCGAGGAGAAAGCUUGUUCAGUCUUGAUGAAAAUGCCAGGGAAAGAGUGAUAAAAAAGGCAUACAAGUGAGUUAUAUUAUGUAUAUUAAUCAUCUUCUCUUCUCACGAUGAUAAUUUUAAAUUUUAGAUUUAUUGUGUCAAUGGCCCCUCUUGGUUCGGAUGCAUGUGCCUUUAAACAGAGCGUGGUCCCUUUAAUUGGAACCUCAAUAGUUGAAUUAACUUCUCCUUGGUUCCGUUUAUUCCUGUAUGAAAUUGUGGAAGAAGGUGUCCCUUCUCUGUUCAUUCCAAUGGGAGUGAGGGUUAAACAGUUACCGGAGAUUUUCUGGAAGAGUAAGAGAGUAAUCCUGACGGCGAACACCCACGAGCCCAAUAUUGUGUUGACUGAUUCGGUUCUCCCCAUCUUGAAUGAUAUGUUAUUGAACUCGGCGGUUUUUAUUCAGGUGGGAAGGUUUGACUUUAAUUAGGAACUUGUUUUAGGCAUACAGCGAUAAAGUGGAUGACUCUGAAGUUGUGAAUGUUCCAUUCCCUUUUACUCAAGAGGAAAUGGAAGACGAAAACAAUCUUUGUAAUCAUCCGAUCAUAUCAAAGCUGAAGGAUAACGUCGAAUUGGAUAUUCGGAGUGGAUAUCUGGUGUUUAUCAGAACAAAGGAAUCGGAUGCAGACACCGAAGAAUCGGAGGACGAAAAGGAAAAUGAUAAUUCAGAAAUGCCAUCGCCCACAGCGACUCUGAGAUCUUCUUUUAAUAAUACAGUAACCAAAGACCCGAAGAAAGUGGUCUCCAAAAAGAGGAGAUUGGGGAAAAACGAGAAGUUUGAAGACUAUGUGUUGUUUGAUUGUAUUUUUGGUGUUCCCUUAUUCGACGAACGAUUGAAUUCUGAAGUCAACAGGAGACUGAUCGAGAAUGAUUUAUUCGAAAAGUAAGGAAGUGACUAAUGGCAAUUAGUUUUUUAAUAUUCAGGGGCGAAAGGAUUGCUGAUUUGAAUAAGAAACUGAUCGGAAGUAUUCAACGAUUUGUCAAGCGGCUGCAAAUACCUGGUUACGAAGUAAGUUGAUGCCAAUAAUAAUAUAAAGAAUGCCGUUUAGGAUCCCUUUGGUGACUCCGAAGCGAGCUCUAUCCCAUUGCCCACCCAAACCGUUUUCUUUGAACAAAACUCUGUGAAUACCAUCACUCUCUAG